AUGAGCGGCGAACCAGCUAUACUAAUUCCAGCGUCGUUCAUUAUUACGGACAAUGAAACAUUCGAACAAAGGCAAGUCAAAGUCGGGGACGUCGAUGAUAACGAGAUUGACAAACCAGGUCAAUCGGCAACUCAGGGCUGUAGAACGUAUUCGUUUCCAAUUGCAGACCGAACAUUAAGAAUUAUUGAUACACCUGGUGUGGGCGAUACAAGAGGUUUACAACAAGAUGAACAUAAUUUGGAGCAGAUUAUCUCUCAUCUCAGUCGAUAUCAACAUCUCAAUGAAAUCUGCAUGUUACUGAAACCAAAUGCAUCGAGAUUAAGCACAUUUUUUCGUUUUUGUAUCACUCAGUUAUUAUCAUAUUUGAAUGUCAAUGCAACAGACAAUAUUAUAUUUUGUUUUACGAAUGCUCGCUCGACAUUUUAUUCUCCAGGGAAUACAGCACCAUUGCUCAAACAACUGUUGAGAGAACUACGCGAAGCAUCUAAAAUCGAUAUACAGUUCAGUAAACAAAAUACAUUUUGUUUCGACAAUGAAGCAUUUCGAUGCUUAGCCACAGUAAAAUCAAACUUGAAAUUCGAUAAUAAGCAAGAAAAUGAAUGUUCUCGAAGCUGGGACGUAUCUGUGAAUGAGUCAUUCCGGUUUAUUCAAUAUGUUUUGUCCUGUGCUCCUUAUAAUUUACAUGAUACAAUUGAAUUUAAUAAAAUACGUAAGAUCAUUCUCGAAUUAGCGAGACCUGUUUUAGAAGCUACGCGUACCAUACAAAUGAAUCUAAAAUGUCUCAACGAUAAGAAACGUGAAUUAAACACCUCAACAUCGAUACAAAAGAAUGACAAUCGUACCCCAUAUGUUGAACUUAAAAAAAUAUGUUUACAACAACCACGAACUGUAUGCACUCACCCACGAUGCGUCAGAGUAGUUCAGUCGGAGAAUAUCCCUGAAAUUGAUUAUAUUACCGUGUGUCACAAUCCAUGUUACGUGCCAGGUAUUGAGCAUAAUACAAUCCAAAAUCCCUAUAUUGUCUACUGUGAAGUGUUUGCCACAAAUAAUGGCAGAUGUUACCACUGUAACUGUUCUUGGGAACAUCAUAUGCACAUAUAUUAUGAAACGAAACUAUGUAUGACAUAUUUAACCAUUCCGAAUACAAGUAAUAUUUAUCCUGUACAAGAAUUGGAUAAACGAAUAGAAAGUCUGAAUGAAGAACAAAAGAUUAUUAUUGAAAUAUCUACGAGAUCUAUUCAACAUUUAAAACAAAAUUCCAUAACGGCGUUCAAUGACCCAUUCGCUGAUUAUAUAAAUUACUUUGUUAGCGAAGAAAGAUUGAAAUGUGACAUGGGUGCGAACAAUCAGUUUGUUUUGAAUGGUUUAGAAAAAGUAUAA